AAAUAAGAUUGAGAUAAUCAAGCAACAAUUUAUUAGUACUUCCGGUUAAAAUUACACACAUGUUUUGAAAAAGAAAACGUGAAAAUAUGGGUAAAAACAAAUUUAAGAGGAAAUCUGGAGUUUCUUUAGAGGAUAGAAAAAAGAAACUACGGGAACUUGCAAAGGAUGACAAGAAAAAAGACCAGAAGGCCAAAUAUUCCCUGGACCAACUGCUUGACAAGGCUGAGAGUUGUAUAGACAAGUUUGAAUAUGAGAUGGCCCAGAAAUUCUGCCAGCGUGGCCUAGAGAUGGAGCCAGACAAUGUACGGGCUCUCGAGACGUCCGGGGCUCUGCUGAUAGACCUUGGCAACAUGGAGGCAGCUAAGCAGUGUUUUGGUAGAGCAGUUGCUGUAAGUCCAAAUGAGGGAUAUUCAAAGUACAUGAACCUGGGGCAGCUCUUUGAAGGUGCCCAAUCUGUGGAGUGUUUCCAGAAGGGCAUAGAGCUCAUGUUGAAAGAGAAGGAACUGCGUGAGAAAGCAGAGGUGGCCACUGCGUGUGGGGAUGGGGUCAGUGCCUGUGGGGGUGGGGACAGAGACAAAAAGGGAGGUGCCACUGACAGGAUGAUCUCUGAGGCCUACCUCUCCAUUGCUGAAAUAUACAUGACAGACUGCUGUUUUGAUGAUGGCGCUGAGGAGAAGUGUCGUUCCAACAUAGAGAAAGCCAUCACAGAGGAUGAGACUAAUCCAGAUGCUCUGCAGCUUAUGGCUAGCUUUCUUCUUUCCAAGGAGAAAAAUGAGGAAGCCAGGGAAAGCAUAAAGAAGAGCGUGUCGCUAUGGUUACCAGACUAUAAAGCUAGUGAACAGCCUGAGGCCUCGACAAGUGAUCCUAUUGAAUGUUCGCAAAGCUUUGAAUCGAGAUUAGCGGCAGGAAAGAUUCUUAUAGAAGUUGGUGAGCAUGAGUUGUCCAUCGAGGUAUUGGAAACGCUAUUGGAGGAGAAUGACGAGAUAGUUGAUGUGUGGUAUCUGAUUGGCUGGGCAAACCAUCUCCUUGGUGAAGAGGGCAAGGACACUGCAAGGUCAUACCUGCUGAAGGCCCAGAAGGUGUACAAGAAGACACGUUGUGAAGAUGAAGAGCUUUUUAAACAUAUCACAGAGCUCCUGGAAGAACUUGGCACAGGUGAUGAUGUGAUGGACUCUGAUCUAGAACCAGACACUAUAGAAGAUGCUGAGGAAAACAUAGACUCGGAUGAUGAGAAGGAAGAUAUGGAUCACUAAUGUGGUGCAAGAUUGUACAGGGCUGGACAUGUGUAUAGCUUGUUUGAUACAUGUAUGAAUGAGUGUAUAAUAAUAAAAUCAGUUGUAAAUA